AUGGCCUGGCGGGACAAUCUCUUGGAAUUGAAGAAAGAUCUCGAUACGGCGUUGGCGCGUACUAUGGGUGAGCCGGUGGAAGAGGACCCGGAGACCGAACGGGAACGUGAGGAGCUCUACCAGCUGGCUGCGUCCCUUCACAUCGCUCAGAUGCUGGUGGACCUCAAUGAGGUGGUCCUCGGGGGGGCUGGCAAAGUGGAAUCGACGUCGCUUAUGGACUACUAUGAUGACGACGAUGAAGUCUUAGAGAUAGCCGACGAAGACGCGGAUGACAUUGAUGAGGACGAAGGCACCCUCGAGGAGGGUGUGGAGAUUAGAUUCUCCCUCGUCUGGGAUGAUGUGACCGAGUGUGCCGUAGAUGUGGAGUUAGGCAAGACCAACGGCCGCAUCUGCAUGCUGGUGAACGGCGAAGAAGUCCGCCAGCAGCGCGAAGUCCUGGAGACGGCAGUACUGGAUGCCUUUCGGGACGAAAUGGACCUGGAGUAA